AUGGCGACUAAUACACCCACGAGAACACAUCUCGGUGUGAAAAAUAGGAUUAAGCAUGAAGGCUUUGCCCGUAUACUGCUGGACACAGCGGUGGAAUCUACGACGGAGGCUUCCAACUCUCGACAGACCUUUGAGAUCAAACGCUCCGAGAAGCUACACCGCGUGCUUCAAUAUAACUGGAUAAUGUGUCCAAUUGGACUGAUUUGCUGCUUCUUCGUGUCUUACAACGCUGUAUCUCGAUACCUCCUCAUCCAAACAAUAAUCGACUAUUCUAACUGGUGGACUCCGGACACAUUCAUAUGCGUAGUCCUGGGAGUCGCUUCGCAUUUGAUUCAACCAUUCCCUUUUGGUUACUCUCUCGGAGUAUGUUGGCCAAUCAGCCCGUUCGAAUACAAGACGAAACCAAAGACGAGGGACUUCAAGUCACUCAACUUUUGCCUAGUAACGAGAGGCGAAAACUUUGAGGUGGGAUACACCACGGUCUUGCAUACGAUAUCGAAUUGGCAGGAGUUGCGCCUCAUAGACCCACGAAUCACUUUCCACCUUGUCCUUGAUAACAGGCUACCUGCAACUUUACUAGGCCAAAUUCCAGACUUUGUCAAGCUGUUGAUUGUACCCUCCAGUUUCAAGCCACCAGUCGCUCUCUAUAAGGCUAGAGCUCUCGAAUACGCGCGCAUUACGGCCGGCUAUGGACCUGACGAUUGGGUACUCCAUCUAGACGAGGAGACUCAAAUAGAUGCAUACGCCACACAAACCUGCCUUGACUUCAUCGAGCGUGGAGACCGACAUUUCGGAAUGGGCACCAUUUUCUACAAUAGCGAGGGCCAUUGGGAAAAUCCAUUUCUUACCGUGGGUGAACUGAGUAGGAUCACAGAAGAUUUCGGUCGCUUUCGGCUGCCAUUCAAGCUCCAUGCUCGCCCUACCCUCGGCUGGGUGCAUGGCUCUUUCAUUCUUGUAAAGGGAGAAAUCGAAAACACCGUGGGAUGGGAUACCGAUUGCCUAGCGGAAGACUUUUGGUUCGGACUUCGGGCUGCUAACAAGGGCUACAAGUUCGGCUGGCUUGAGGCCAUUGCACGUGAGCAGCCUCCGCGCUCAGUUCGAGAUGUUUGUGCUCAGCGGAGGCGAUGGUGUGCUGGUAUCUGGUCCACCGGGGAGCCACUGGCUCGCCUCUCAUACGCUGCCUGCUUCGUGUAUUUCGCAGGCAUUGGGCACGUGAUCUGGGUUGUCUUUUUCAAAGAGACUCCAAUCCUCAUUCCUCGAUGGUUGUUUGUCUGGGGCAUUUUGCAUUGCUCCGAAAGUCUCUGGUCCGCCAUUACUUCGACCAUCGCUCAAGACUACGACGCAGGCAACAUUCCGGUAAUGAAGAUGGUGUGGCACGUCAUCUUGACUUUCAUCUUGAGCCCCGUCUUUGGCUUGAUGGAGUGUGCUGUGGUUAUUUACGCCAUUUUUAGUCCCCCGAAGCGGUUCCACGUCGUUAAGAAAGUGUAGUCGCAUUUAACAUUAGCGAUGCUUAUUUUCACAAGCAAGCAAAUACUGGACCGAUCCUACCGUAAAAAAGAAGUCGUGACAACAUAAAGGAUUUUUGGGAGGUUUCGUCUCAGAUCUGAACAUUCACAAGUCCAUACAACUAUACGUAGUGUCUUACAUUUAACUGGCUCCUCAGACCCAAAACUGUCCUGUCAGCAAUUUCUUACUCAACAAGAUCACCCACCCCGCAUUUAGGGCUGGACACUCAGCAUUCACAAAAAAGCCAACUGACACGGUUCCAUUUCCAUCAGCGACUAUGCAGGUUUUGUGUGCAACUUUGGGGCACCAAGACGAAUGGGAGACUGAGUAUGGUGGCGGGGUAUCCGGCCUGGGCCUAAUAUGAGAAAUGG